AUGGCGGCGCUCGGUACGGCACGGUGCGUGUUCCGGAGCUACUCCCGGGUGAAAAAUGUCCAGAAAAGCAAACAAAUAAUGGUCAGGUGUAACGUGAGGACGCUGUGUAGUGGGACACAAGACAACGCUGUCUCAGACCAUGCAAAGCCCCAGUUCACAGACCCAGCUGUGCAGGACGUCCUCUCCAGGAUAACAGGCGUGGACCUGCAGAAAGUGUUCCAGCCCAUUAAACAGGAGCUGAAGCCGCCCACAUAUAAACUCAUGACUGAUGAGCAACUGGAGCAGGCGGUCGAGGUGGCCAGAGAGCAGGCGAAGAAGCUGCUGCAGAUGCCGCCCGUCCUGCCAGAGAGGAAGCCCAUUGACGAUGUGCUGUCUGAGGAUAAGAUCCUGGAUGGCAUGGACACAGCUAAAUACGCCUUCACAGACAUCACCUACAACAUCCCACACAGGGAGAGGUUCAUUGUUGUACGGGAGCCUAACGGGACUCUCAGGAAGGCGAACUGGGAAGAGAGAGACCGGCUCAUUCAGGUCUACUUUCCCAAGGAUGGACGCAAGCUGACAGCGCCCCUCAUCUUCAAGGAAGAGAACCUCAAGAUGGUGUUUUCCCAGGACCGGCAUGCGGAUGUGUUGGACCUGUGUCUGGUCCAAUUUGAACCAGACUCUUCAGAAUACAUCAGGGUUCACGCAGCCACCUACGAGGACGUGGACAAGCACGGCAAAUACGAGCUGCUGCGCUCCACCAGACACUUUGGAGGAAUGGCCUGGUACCUGGUCAACGCUCGCAGGGUCGACGGGCUCAUAGUAGACAUGCUGAAGAAAGAGCUGCUCCAGGAUGCCGUGAGUCUAGUGUCUCUGUUCCACAUGGUCCACCCCCACAGUGAGUCAGCCCAGGAAGCUGCCAGCCAGCAGGCCACUGGCACCGACCUGAUUAAGAUCUACGCCCAGAAGGAGUCCCAGAGGUCGGGCUACAUUGAGCUGGCGCUGCAGGCAUAUGAACAGACAGCUGCUGAAGGCUCUGCCGCCUGACGGACACACUCCUUCAUAGAAAUACACAAAUUCAUUCACAAGGAGGACCGGUAACCACAUCCUGAAGGACAAACUGAAAACUGCGCCCCAGAUUUAAGGCAUGACAACAUUUACUGUUCUGUCACUGUUUGUGCUGAAGAGUAACAAGGAAAGCUACGCCUGUCACAGCCAUCGAUUUGAAGAGCUAGCUGUGAAACAUCUUGUACGAUACACAAAGUUUGUGUUUUAGUCAUGUAGACAGAUGAUCUGUAUGUGUUUGGAGCUCUGAGUCAAACAAUGUACAUAACAAAGCAAGGUCUUUGUACUCGUUGGAUGUGUUGUUGGAGUAAAACAGCUUCAGUUCUGGAUAA